AUGAACAACCGGGGGCAUCUGCCGGCUGGGCAGCAGGUGCAGGGCGGUACUGAGAUGGGCCCCGCGCCCGCUGGUGGUCCUCCGCCUCGCCGUGGCGGCCGGUCCCAGCACUAUCUGCCGGUCCACGCCUAUCACCAUGGCCAACACGCUCAUCAUGGCCACCACCAACAGCAUGCAGGCCAGCCCAUGUACCCACAAAACUAUAUGGCGAACCCUUACGCCGGUGGCCAUUACUACCCGCCCCCGCAUUACCAGAAUGGCGCCAUGUCCGGUCCGCCCGGCUACAUGUUUACCAAUAACGGAUAUGGUCGCUCUCCGCCGGUGAUGCAGCACUUCGUGCCUCUACAGCAGCCUUAUGGCCGGCAAUCCCAACAUUCUCCGAUUGUCUCAUCACCUUAUCACCCCCCGCCACCUGUGGCGGCAUCCAUCAACCCUUCUAUCCCACACACCCCUUCGUCGACGCAUUCGCACGCUCCCCUUGCUCCGAUGACACCUCCAGCAGUCCAGCAGCUAUAUGAAUCCGCUCAACUUCCGUUACCAAACACGGUGCAGUUGCUUCCUCAGCCUACUCAGACCGAACCGCAGCUUGGGUCGCGGCCGGUCCCACAACAAGUAGCACACGUCCCCCGGCAGAUGCCGGACCCCGUCACCAAAGUUUCCCCUACGCCCAGCUCGCCACCGAGGCAACCUUUCAGGCCACCGCGCUUGUCGAAGCUGAGAAUGAGAAAGAAAUUGCUGGGCGCCGACGCAGAGAGGGUAGAACUACCUGAACAGCACGCUCCCGGUACUGAGCCGGUUGCCCAAGACGAACCACAAGACGAAGCACAAAACUCGGCCGAGGCUUCGCAGCGCAUCGCUGGUGCCCCAACAAAGGCCGAGACUUCUGCCACGAGCACUGAUGUCUCCGUCACUGACGGUCAACUUCCGGAAACCGCUGCUUUGAGCGCAGCCACAUCGAGCCCAGUGCAGCCCGUCAAGACAUCUCCCGCUGCACCCCCCACGCCUACGGCCGUGAAGCCCGCGGUACCGGCGGUCCCCGUUGUUCCCGCUGUCCCCACACUGCCGAAGGCUAGCCCCAAAGAAACUAGGGCUACAGCGAGUGUUGAGAAGAGUGCCGAAACCACACCCGCUGUGACCAAACCCGAUGAGCAGCAAACCAAACCUGUCAAUCCCUCCGCUGAGAAUGUGGAUGGAGCUGCUCCGGCGAUCCAGCCGGCUCCCGCCUGGACCAAACCCAAGCUUUGGGCGGGUUUAUUCAAGGGCAACGGGGCAGUCGCGAGCACGAGCUCCGCAACCACGGAUACCCAAGGUGAAACCAACGGUAACACAGCAGAAGGGCCAUCUGCGGUGUCCGGAGCCGGGAGUUUUGCCAAGGCCAACGCGAGCUCGCUGGCUCAAGCCCUCCAAGCCUACCGGCCCAGCACCCCAGAUAGGCUUGCGUUCUUGGAACCGCGAGGGCUCGUGAACACCGGUAAUAUGUGCUAUAUGAACUCGGUGUUGCAAGUCCUUAUAUUUUGCGUUCCUUUCUUUGACUUCUUGGAUCAAGUCAGCAAGAAAGCAACCCACAGCUUCAAGAGCGAUACCCCUCUCGUAGAUGCCAUGGUCAUGUUCAUGCGCGAGUUCAAAUCUAUCGACUCGGCUGCGUCGGCCGACCAGCUAAAGAAGCGUUUGAAGAGCGAGGAAUACGAAAAGUAUGGCGAACCUUUUACCCCCGCGUUCGUCUACGAAGCUAUUCGAAAUCUUCCGCGCUUUGCCAGCAUGAGACGCGGCCAUCAAGAGGAUGCCCAAGAGUUUCUCGGGUUCCUUCUCGAAGGCCUCCAUGACGAGUGCGCCCAGGUGAUGCGCGCGGCACCCAACUCCACCGCGUCGACCGCCCCACCGUCGCCCACCUCGUCUCGGGCGAAUGAGUCGGUGGAGGGCACCGACGACUGGCUUGAGGUUGGCCCCCGCCAGCGGUCCGCGGUCACGCGUUCUUCAGGCCACUCUCAUACAUUAUCGCCAAUCAACAAAAUCUUUGGCGGGCAUCUCCGCUCGGAAUUCCGUGUCCCGGGAAAGAAGAACUCGGUGACUCUGGAACCGUAUCAGCCACUCCAGCUGGAUAUUGGCUCCCCAGAGGUCCGCAACAUUAUCGAUGCUCUCAAGGGCCUUACACGGUCCGAGGUGCUUCACGGUGAUUUUAACUCGCCGCACGGCAAGGACGUCCGGGCGACCAAGCAGGUCUUCAUCGAGUCCGUGCCGCCAGUUCUAGUUCUACACCUGAAGCGCUUCCAGUUCGACGCUGAGGGAUACGGUGGCACCGUCAAGAUCUGGAAGAAGAUCGGCUAUCCGCUUGAGUUUGAGUUCCCACGGGAAGUGCUGUCGCGCCAGACCCGCAACAACAUCCUUGCUGGGAACUCGGGCGCUCCUCGGUACCGUUUGAUUUCGGUCAUUUACCACCACGGCAAGAACGCCAGCGGGCGGGUACGAAACGAGGAUGUCGCCGAGGGCGGCGCCGAAGAAGACGCCAGCAAGGCCGAGGGACGGAGAGACGCGGGCAACUUGGCCUCUGGCAAUCGCUUCGUCGGCAUCAAUGAUGAGGACACCGGUGAUGAAGAAGGUUGGAAGCAGGCGGCCGGUGGCAAGAAGUGGAGCAGUGUUGUCAACAACGCAGCGCCGGCUACCACCAACGGCCAGAAGGCCAAACAACAACACAAGGAGAGCAUGAAGGAGAACAAGGUGGCCUACCUGCUGUUCUAUCAGCGGAUCUGA